GGCGUAUGUACGUGAUCCUCUUAACUCGUGACCAUUAUCCCCAUUAUCGAUUUUUUAAUUAACGUACAUUGUAAUUUAGUGUGUGUGUCAGUAUCAGUGUGAUUCCUGGGUUUGGUUGUAACCGACAUCGCCCAAAAGAGCCAGAUAAUAAAUAUCUGGAUAUUUAAUAAAAUAAAUUAUUUAUUUUAUUUACAUCUUUGAUAUUUGUAUCUGAAUUUAUAAACUAAGAAAAUGGGCUCGCUUUUCCGAAGUGAGGAAAUGACCUUGUGUCAGCUCUUUUUGCAAAGUGAAGCUGCUUAUGCUUGUGUUUCUGAACUAGGAGAACUUGGACUUGUGCAAUUUCGUGACUUAAAUCCUGAUGUCAAUGCAUUCCAACGUAAAUUUGUCAAUGAAGUCCGUCGUUGUGACGAAAUGGAACGUAAAUUACGUUAUCUGGAGAAAGAAAUUAAGAAGGACGGGAUCCCAAUGCUGGACACUGGAGAAAAUCCAGAAGCACCACAACCCCGUGAGAUGAUUGAUUUAGAAGCGACAUUCGAGAAACUAGAAAAUGAACUACGGGAAGUUAAUCAAAAUGCCGAGGCGUUAAAGAGAAAUUUUUUAGAGCUCACUGAACUCAAGCACAUUCUACGUAAGACUCAGGUCUUUUUCGAUGAGCAAGAGCACGCAGGCUUGAACCCCACCGAGUCCAUGACACGCGCGUUGAUUAGUGAUGAUAAUAUCGCCCGCCAGUCCGCCCUUGGUCCUGUCCAGUUGGGAAAACUUCAAUCAACAUGUUUCGUCGCCGGUGUUAUUCUGAGAGAAAGAAUUCCAGCGUUUGAACGCAUGCUGUGGCGAGCAUGCAGAGGAAACGUAUUUUUACGUCAAGCCGAAAUUGAAUCUCCGUUAGAAGAUCCGUCGACUAGUGACCAAGUCUAUAAAUCAGUUUUUAUAAUUUUCUUCCAAGGAGAUCAAUUGAAAACACGCGUUAAGAAAAUUUGUGAAGGAUUCCGCGCAACUCUUUACCCAUGUCCUGAAGCACCUGCUGAUAGACGUGAAAUGGCCAUGGGUGUUAUGACUCGUAUUGAAGAUUUGAAUACUGUACUUGGUCAAACUCAAGAUCAUCGUCACCGCGUGUUGGUAGCAGCAGCGAAGAAUUUAAAAAACUGGUUCAUAAAAGUCAGGAAAAUAAAAGCGAUUUACCACACACUCAAUCUAUUCAAUCUGGACGUCACGCAAAAAUGUUUGAUCGCCGAAUGUUGGGUUCCUGUACUCGAUAUCGAGACAAUUCAAUUGGCCCUACGUCGGGGAACGGAACGUAGUGGAAGCUCAGUACCUCCGAUACUGAAUCGUAUGGAGUCAUUUGAAGACCCGCCGACUUACAACCGGACCAACAAAUUUACCAAAGGGUUCCAGGCGCUCAUCGAUGCCUACGGAGUGGCUUCAUACCGUGAAAUGAACCCGGCACCGUACACUAUAGUGACUUUUCCAUUUUUGUUCGCCAUCAUGUUCGGAGACUGCGGCCACGGGUUGAUAAUGUUAUUUUUCGGACUAUGGAUGGUCUUGAAAGAAAAGCCUCUGUCUGCCCAAAAGUCCGACAAUGAAAUAUGGAACAUUUUCUUCGGUGGUCGGUACAUAAUAUUCCUCAUGGGAGUCUUCUCCACAUACACCGGUCUCAUUUACAACGACAUGUUCUCGAAAUCUCUUAACAUAUUCGGGUCUUACUGGUCAGUCAACGAAGACUGGAAGACCAUAAGCACAAACAAAGGCCUGUCAUUAGACCCAAUUCCAGAUUACGCCGGGUAUCCUUAUCCUCUUGGUAUGGACCCGGUCUGGCAGCUGGCGGAAAACAAAAUAAUAUUUUUGAAUUCAUACAAAAUGAAAAUAUCAAUAAUAUUCGGGAUAAUCCACAUGUUGUUUGGUAUAGUGGUCGGUCUGAAAAAUCACCUGUACUUCAAGAAACCGCUUAAUAUAAUCUGUGAAUUUAUACCCCAAGUUAUUUUCCUGGUAUUCUUGUUCCUGUACAUGUGUCUGAUGAUGUUCAUAAAAUGGACGUCGUACGCCGCGACCAACAAGGACCCGUACGGAACCCACUGCGCGCCCUCUAUUCUGAUCACAUUCAUCAACAUGGUCCUGUUGGCUUCUCCGAAGGUCAAAGACCCCAAGGACCCGUGCGAGGAAUUCAUGUACGGCGGGCAGUUUGGGCUCCAGAGAUUCUUGGUAGUGAUUGCGCUGCUCUGCGUACCGGUCCUGCUGCUCGCGAAGCCCAUCAUGAUAAUGCGCGGACGCAAACAGCAUCAGCAGUUGAACAAUCACGGGCAAGAGAAUGGAGAUGUCGAGGGUGCGGGUGCUGUUGUGCAGAAUCCGGUCCACAGAGAAGAGGAAGAAGAGAUGAGUGAAAUUUUUAUUCACCAGGGCAUACAUACUAUUGAGUAUGUACUCGGCAGUAUUUCGCACACUGCUUCUUAUCUACGUCUUUGGGCUCUUUCACUUGCUCAUGCUCAAUUAUCUGAAGUAUUAUGGAACAUGGUGAUGAGAAUUGGGCUCACAAGCGGUGACUGGUUCGGAGGAGUUGUACUGUGGGUAUUAUUUGCCUUCUGGGCAGUACUGACUGUCGGGAUUUUGGUACUCAUGGAAGGAUUGUCCGCUUUCCUUCACACCCUACGUCUCCAUUGGGUCGAGUUCCAGAGCAAAUUCUACGGAGGUACCGGCUAUACUUUCAGCCCAUUUUCCUUCGAAGUUAUUUUAGACUCCGCUCAGGCCACUCCCGAGGAGUGAAUAUAAUAAUAAUAAUUAUUAUUAUUAUCAGUAUCAGUAGCUGUAGAUGUUCAAUGUCUACGCAUUAAAUUCAAUUUAAUAAAAGCCGGUUUGUUCUAAAGAUAAAUAUCUAUCGGUGAUUAAAUGAUUAAGUGAAUAAAUAAAAAGUAAAAUUAAAAAUCAAUAUUUCUUUUAAAAUAGUCAAUAGAUCUGAUGAAAUAUUUAAAUGUUGUAACUAAAUGAUUAUUUAAAUGCAUGUUAUAUUUUAUUAAAUUUAUCUUCAAUGGCAGUAUGUACGUUAUCAAUAAAAAUGUUUAAUGUUCUUCAAUUUAUUUUAUAUGUUUAUAGUUAUAUUUAGUAGCCCAAGGAGCACACGGCUGAGACAUCUAUAAGAUAGCAGUUUUGAGGCUGUUUUUUUGACCUAUCGAUAAGAUACCAAAAUGUUUACAAAGCGAUCAGAAAUUUGGGUCGGCGAAAAAAGAUCUGCUUAAGGGGGAAGCUGGUCUGAGAUAUAAAAAAAAGGGCAUAUUUUUGUGAUUUUUUUUCAGAGUACCUCCGUUAUUGAAAUUCGUAAAAUUUGUGACAUUAUUGAGCAUCAUUCCAAGAAUAUUCUGUGAAAUUUUCAUAAAAAAAUAUUGAAAAAUAAGCCAGUGGUAGUAGGGAGAGACGAGUCACAAAAAAAAGUCUCUAUGCCGUAGGCAGAAUAACUCAUGACUGCCUCAUCUGAAAUCAAAAAACCAAAAAGAUUUCUUUAGUACAUAAGUUCAUCUUGGAUUUGAACGAAGGAAUAAACAAAAUAUCCAUUUUUGAAUUUUUGGUAAAGGUGCAAUCAAAAAACUCUGAUUUUUCACAAAAAUUCUUCCUUUUGUUUAAUUAAAAAAUAAGUAAUUGAAAAAAAAAAUCCUUCGUUCAAAUCUAAGAUAAACUUGUGUACUAAAGAAAUCUUUUUGGUUUUUUGAUUUCAGAUGAGGCAGUCAUGAGUUAUCCUGCCUACGGCAUGGAGACUUUUUUUGAGGUGACUCGUCUCUCCCUACUACCACUGGCUUAUUUUUUAAUAUUUUUUUAUGAAAAUUUAGCAGAACAUUCUUGGAAUGAUACUUAAUCAUGUCACAAAUUUUGAGAAUUUUAAUAACGGAAGUACUCUGAAAAAAAAAUGACAAAAAUAUCCUCUUUAUACCUCAGACCAGCUUCUCCCCUUGAAGUUGUCUCUGUACUACUUGAAAAUCAUUAAAAGACAUUUUAAAACAAUACCCCCUCUCUACUUUUUGAAAGUAUUUAAUGACUGAUCUGUCAUCCGUAUAAAAAUUUUUCUAAUUAAUUAAAAAAAAGCUAAAGCAUUAAUUGAAAAAAAGCCACGUAGGCAAUCUCGCCAAAAUAUAAAUUAAAAAAAAAUCAUUAAUAGUUGCUCUCAAUUGGGAGUUGAACAAAAUUUGGAAAAUAAAUUUCAGCAAAAUCUUCAUGUCAAUAUCAUAAUUCGAAAUGUCAAAUUUUCUAUAUUUGGAUUAGCGGGACUACAUUUUGGUUUUUUACCCCCACAAUCAAGGCGCAUGUCUUAGAUAUUCAAUUUAUAUGGUGGGGGUAAAAAACCAAAACGCAGUCUCAUUCAUCUGACUACAGUAUAAUAGUAUAUUGUACACCUAGUGCGGUAAGUUGUCGAUUACCCACGAGAGCAAAGUUGAGCGCACGAACGAAGUGACUCAUUUGCUCGUGUGGGUAAUCGACAACACCGCACAAAUUGAACAUACUUUUUUUUAUUAUUAAUGCGAUAUGAGUACUAUUUAGUGCUCGCUGUUUUGUUCGUCAAGUAGCUUUUUGCUGAUUCAACUGUUGCCACGACAUUUAUGUACGUUAUACGAUUAUCUGCAUGUGACAAGUAAAUUUGAGUGCGACAAGUUUACUCAUUUCGUUUGUGCGCUCAACUUUGCUCUCGUGGGCAAUCGACAACUUACCGCACUAGUUGUACAAUAUACUAUUACCAAAUAGUAAUUUUGAUAAUUCAUUGUUUUAAAAAAGACUGUAUAUAUUUUUUUUUUGUUAUUAUUAUUUUGCUUGUACCCUGAGGCUUAAAAUACUUUUGCUGAUAAAAAUUAAACUUUUAGACGCAAUUAUAAAUUUUUAUCAGAAAAUAUUUCAUGGGUUUUUUGAAAGUGACGAGCGUAAAGUUAGUUUACAAAAAUCAUUUAUUGAGUAAAUUUAUUAAGUAAAUAAAAUAACUAGUAAUUUAAAUUUACAAUUUUUUCAUUGUUUUAAUAAAAUGUAUAAAAUUUUUUUAAUUUUCAUUAUCACGGUUUUGUUAGUCGUAAUAAUCGACAGCACAUUUUUAAAUCGUAAUUGCGCUUAUCGAGGACAAUUGGUAAUAUUUUUAAAUCAAAAUUUUAAUACUUAAACAAGAUACGGAAGUUGGAGCUUUAAAUAUAUGAUAAAAUGUGCAAAAUAUAAUAAUUAGUCUUAUAACGGAACAGAUAAAAGACUUUAAGUUUUUUAUUUCGACAUUAAUUUAAAAAAAAAAAAACUAAAAAUAUGCACAUGUAGAAAUUUAAAAAAACUGCAGAUGCAAUUUUUUAAAAUAUUUUUUUUUAAUAAUUUGUCGUUUUUAAAAAAAUCUGGAAAUUUGUAUUCUAAUAAUUGUUUGUAAAUAAAUAAAUAAAUAAAUAAAUAAAAAUUGUAA